GGUGUGGUACCUCCCGUGUUUAAGUGGAUUCGUAAUGAGGAUACCUCUGGUGCUAAUGUAAGCAUUAGUAUCCCCGGUUCUAUUGGGAAUAAUUUGUCUGAUGGUCCUAAUGCUGGGGACGAAGAUUCUACCAUUAUUACAAAAAGACACAUGCAAAAAGAAAGUGCUAAUAAUGUUGUGUUAAUCACGGAAACAACAAUGGUAGCCAACGAAAAGAUAGCAUCUCCGUACCAAAGCAAAAAAAAUUUGGGUCCUACUACUUUGUUAUCUAUUGCACGUACCUCAAAAAAACUUCAAAGUUUUUCUAAUUUUACCGAACAUUGUCUAAAUACACCUACUAUCUCAUCAUUUAAG